CCACAAUAUUUGCAUGAUGAACUUCUGAAAAAAAACCCCCUUCUCACACACACAAACAAGAUGUCGGUGGCAGAGGGCAGCGGCGGCGGCGGUUGGAAAGGCUUGAAGAGUUCCGGCUUGCGCGUGAUUCUAGGCCGAUGGUUCAUGGUCUUCGCGUCGUUGUUAAUCAUGUCGGUCUCCGGUUCAACGUACAUAUUCGGCCUAUACUCAAACGACAUCAAAACAUCCUUGGGCUAUGACCAAACGACACUCAACUUGCUGAGCUUCUUCAAGGACAUGGGCGGCAACCUCGGAAUCUUCUCCGGGCUUAUCAACGAGAUAACGCCGCCAUGGGUGGUUUUAUUAAUCGGCGCGAUCAUGAACCUGUUCGGCUACCUAAUGAUAUGGCUCUCCGUCACCGGCCGUAUCGCCGAACCCCGGGUGUGGCAAAUGUGCAUGUACAUAUUCAUCGGCGCCAACUCGCAGUCGUUCGCCAACACCGGCGCUCUCGUCACGUGCGUCAAGAACUUCCCAGAAAGCCGAGGCAGCGUCAUCGGACUUCUGAAGGGACUCGUGGGUCUAAGCGGCGCGAUCAUGACGCAACUCUACCACGCUCUCUAUGGGAAUAACUCGGCGGCGCUGAUUCUGCUAAUUGCUUGGGUUCCGGCGGCGGUUUCCUUUGUGUUUCUCCGAACGGUUCGGAUAAUGAAAACCGUCCGACAAUCCAACGAGCUCAACGUUUUCUAUAAAUUCCUCUACAUCUCUCUCGGCCUCGCCGGUUUUCUCAUGGUUUUGAUAAUCAUACAAAACCGGCUCCGGUUUUCCAGGAUUGCAUAUAUUGGAAGCGCUUGUGUUGUUCUUGUGUUUUUGUUUCUCCCGGUUGCCAUUAUUAUAAGAGAAGAGCUGAAGCUUUUGAAGAGGAAGGAGGAGGAUGUGGUGAAAUUGAAUGAUGAUGUGAAAGUAGUAACUGAAAAUUCGUCAGUAUUAAUCGAGCAGCCAUUGGCGUCAGCUGCAGAAGCUUCAGCAAGUUAUAAGAAGCGGAAGCCAGAUUCUUGCAUGAGCAACAUAUUCAACCCGCCUGACAGAGGUGAAGACUACACCAUCUUUCAAGCACUUUUCAGCAUCGACAUGAUCAUUUUGUUCGUCGCCGUAACUUUUGGUCUCGGCGGGACAUUGACGGCCAUUGACAACUUGGGGCAGAUUGGUAAAUCACAAGGCUAUCCGACCGACAGCCUCACCACCUUUGUGUCGCUCGUGAGCAUUUGGAACUAUCUCGGACGAGCCUUGUCUGGUUUUGUUUCCGAAAUCUUACUAGUCAAAUACAAAUUCCCUCGGCCAUUAAUGCUUACUUUGGUCCUCCUCUUCUGUUCCAUUGGACACAUUUUGAUCGCCUUCGCCGUCCCAAAUUCUCUCUACUUUGCUUCGGUCAUCAUUGGAUUCUGCUUUGGUGCACAGUGGUCAUUGGUUUUCGCGAUCAUCUCCGAGAUCUUCGGCCUCAAGUAUUACUCCACCUUGUACAAUCUCGGCGCUGUGGCGAGCCCGAUCGGGUCAUACAUUCUCAAUGUGAGAGUCGCCGGUCGUUUGUAUGAUAAGGAGGCAGUGAAGCAAAUGAGAACAUUGGGUGUCACUCGGAAGGCCGGGCAGGCGCUAACGUGCACCGGCGCGCACUGUUAUCAGAUGGCUUUUAUCAUCAUCACAGGGACGACAUUGUUCGGUUUCCUUGCUUCGAUUGUUUUGGUGCUCCGGACGAGGAAGUUUUACAAAGGUGACAUCUACAAGAAGUUCAGAGAAGAAGCGGAGACACAAACGGGUUCGAAUGCAAAUGGUGUUGGACCGUUGAAAGAGAGUGAAGCAGGAGCCAAUGCUGCCUCGUUCACAACUGCUGACACUAGCGGCAACAAUGUUAAACCAUAGAUUUGAUUAAAAUAACACUUGCUUGGACUAAAGGUGCUUCUUCGGUGUUUGUGAUUUUUUUUUUUUUUUUCUAAUUAAAAAAGGAUAGGCCAUGGAGACCAAUUGUGUCUAUUCUAUUUGGGCGUAACCAUAGUAGCAUCUACCCGUUGGAAGCCACACAAGAAGGGCCUAGAUGGUGGGAAUCGCAGGCUCUCCCUCAAGUCCGACUGAGCCAUAGCCUUCCCAGCCUCACCAGAGCAUCAAUGCGAACUAAGGUGGCUAAUACUAAUCAGACAUAUGAGGGGAUUCAACAUUGCGGAGAUUCAAAUCAACACCCUAGUAUAUGCCUAACCACAUUGGAGAUUUCAUUUGAGCCAUUGAACCACUACCCUUGAUGGUCUUCGGUGUUUGUGAUAUGUGCAAUAAUAAUAAUAGAAAUUCUAUAUAAUAAAUCAG